CGAGAAAGUAUGUUACAAACGUUCGCAAAAUGGUUUACGAAAAUGUAAACGGCAAAGAGUAAAUAAGCGGAGUGGGUUGCCGCAGGGCGUCGCGUCGGGCCCGAACCUAAAAUGGAAACGCGCCCGUAUCUGAUCUACAUUUAAUCACUAACAAGCACGUGUAAUUUGACUACAUACAAUUUUAAACGCAGUUGAUAUCUACAUAGCACAGUAUAGCAGGAGCUGGGUAGCGCAAUGGUUCUCUUAAAGUCUCUCUGGCGGGCAAUAACCCAUACUAAAGCCUUAGAGGACUCCAGUGGCGAAAUGGAAACAACAUUUUUUGAGACCGUCUAUCGCAUCACUUAUAUAGCAGGGUUCUCCAACUCGGACCAUGGCUUUUUCUAUAAGCUCUACAGCAAUACCGUGAAGCUAAUGAUAGCAACGUUCAUGGUGGCCGAAGUGUGGUACAUGAUCACUUUCGCGUCCUCGCUGGACACCAUCAUCGAGCAGCUGAAUGUCAGCCUCAUACAAGUGAUGGCUCUGUUUCGGUAUAAGUACAUGCGAAUGCACGAGCACGUCUACAAGAACUUGGCAACGUCCAUGCAGAUCUCAAACCUAGACACGUCGACACCCGCGAGGAAAGCGCUGGUGGAGUACUGGAUGGAGAAAAGCGAGACAUACUUGAAGCUUAUGCUGGGAUUGGGCAGCCUGACACUAGCCGCAUGGUAUGUUUACCCUUUGGUGGACGACAUAGAAUACAAUCUAACCGUGAAUCUGUGGCUAGGCGUGGACUGGCGCAGGUCCUCGCGGUAUCCCAUCGUGUACACCAUUCACAUCGUCGCCUUCCACUAUACCGCCUUCUUCAUAAUGGUCAACGACGUCAUCAUGCAGGCGCACCUCAUUCACCUCAUUUGCCAGUAUACGGUUCUGGCUGACUGCUUCGAGAAUAUUCUAGACGAUUGCGAAAAGGACUUUAAAGGUUUAAGCAGAGACCAACUUGUUCGUGACAGCAGCUUCAGAGAAGUCUAUAUUUCCCGGCUGGGCCUCCUGGUUGAACAACACAAAAAUAUUUUGAUGCACACUAUGGAGCUCCGUAAGACCAUCAGCCCACCGAUGUUGGGACAAAUGGCGGCAAGCGGCUUGCAAAUUUGUUUCGCGGGUUAUCAAGUCGCGAUGACGUUGACCGUGAGUUUCAUUAAGUUCUUCAUGAGUCUGCUGUUCCUCGGCUACAACUUGUUCGAGCUGUUCGUAGUCUGUCGGUGGUGCGAUGAGAUUAAAAUUCAGAGCGAGAACAUCAGCAACGCGCUGUACUGCUCAGGCUGGGAGUGCGGGGUGGCUACCAUGGCAGGAGUGCGCGCGCGCCUCAUGCUGGUCGCCACGCGGGCCUCUAAGCCGAUCGUGCUCACUGCGGGCGGCAUCACAGAACUAUCGCUCAACUCCUACUCUAACUUGGUGAAGACUUCAUACAGUGCUCUUACAGUUUUACUUGGAAUGCGUCACGAGUAAACAGCAGAUAGUUUAGAAUAAUUCGACCGUAGCUAAAGUUUGAACAGGGAAACUGUUCUAGAUCAUUCACAAUCUACUUUUCAGUCGCAAAAGACACCUGUCAUCAAUGAAUUCCACUCAUUACAUUAUCUCACAAAAAUGACAUGAAGAACACAAAACACGUAAAAAUGGCACCUCCUAUAUUUUUAUGUAAAUUGGGACCAAUUGUAAGACACUUAUUUACAUCUGCACAAAACAAUUUGGAAUAAUGUUAGUGAACGUGGUCUCGUCCGAAUACUAAUUAUAAAUGCUGGAAGUGGACUCGGGCCUCAAAGUCGGAGGGACAACUGAAGUGAACACAUCGCGCCAUAUUAGUUCAGACAAGAUGAAUGUCGUCGGAUACUUGAUUACGCUUGCUAAUCUCCAGAGUUUCCCAAACUCUGGUGGACCACUAAAGGACUUGUCCAUACGAGUGAGCGAAGUGCAGACACUUGCAAACUAGUUGAGGAACCACCCCGAGUUCACCCUUGAGGGCUUCAGACAGACCGGCUACUACCAGGUUGGCAACAUCGGCAAGUACUUGUCUCAGAACCUGCGCAACUAUCUCUUCCACGGCAACGUGAAUCCUAAAGAAGAUGGCGUCAUUCUGACUCUUAACUACUCCAACCGAACUCCAGCGCCACAAGGCUCCAUCACUGACCAAAAAGACGGGACCCUGUCUUACUACGUACAUAAAACUGAGGAUCUUAAUAAGGACGAAAGGCAGAACCUCUACAGGUACUUGGAUACUAUCAAAGGAUACAAGCGCAACAAAAGAGCUGUGUUUGACAUGGUGAAUUAACGUCACGUAGAG